AUGGCCAGUGCUAGCGUCCAGGCUGAAUUCAAGGUCGUGUCGAUCCUCGACACCGACUUGUACAAGUUCACAAUGCAACAGGCUAUCUUCGAAUACUAUCCCACUGUGCAAGUCGUGUAUCGAUUCACGCACCGCGACAAGCACCGCCAGUUCUCCAGAGCAUGUAUAGAGAAAUUUCGCGAAGCUCUAAACAGUUUCGCCGAUAUACAACUAACACAAGACGAGCGCGCCUGGCUCCAAGAUAAAUGCAAGUAUUUUAAGCCUGAAUACCUUGAUUAUCUCCAGUCUUACAGGUUUAAACCCGAACAAAUCUCUGUCACAUUCUUGCCGUCUUCUGAUGACCCUGAUAUGGGCAGCGUUAAGCUCGAAGCGAGAGGCCCGUGGCUGGAGACCGUUUUAUGGGAGGUCCCGCUCAUGGCGUGUCUCUGUGAGAUGUAUUUUCAAUAUGCGGAUCGGGAUUGGGAUUAUACCGGGCAAGAAGAACAAGCUACGCAUAAAGCUGCAUCUCUCUUAGACGCGCGGUGUAUAUUUAGCGAAUUCGGGACGCGGCGCAGGCGGUCGUUUGUCACGCAGGAUUUGGUGGUGAGAGGGAUUAUCAAGGCGAGGGAUGCGCAUGAGUGGAAGGAGGGUUUUUUUGGAACUAGUAAUGUCUACCUCGCUAUGCGAUACAACCUCAACGUGAUAGGCACGAUCGCUCACGAGUGGUUCAUGGGUGUCGCAGCGCUGGGAGAUUAUAAAGACGCUGCUCGGACAGCUCUAGACCUCUGGUCAAAGCUCUAUAGAGACAGUCUUUCAGUCACGCUCACGGAUACAUUCUCUACUGAAGUAUUUUACCGGGAAUUCGACGAUAGACGUGCUAACCAAUGGAAAGCCUUGCGUCAAGACUCAGGAGACCCAAAAGUAUUCGCGCCCAGGGCUAAACGGAUGUAUGAAGAGCGUGGGAUCGAUUAUACACAGAAAGCUAUCAUCUUCAGUGACGGGUUGGAUUAUGAGAAGGCCAAGGAGUUGAAUGAACAGUGUCAACUGCUCGGGUUCAAGUGUUCUUUUGGUAUUGGGACUUGGCUGACGAACGAUUUUAAGAAGAAGAGCAGUGGGUAUAAGGAACAAAGCAAGGCGUUGAACAUUGUGAUUAAGCUUGGGUCGAUUGAUGGAAAGGAGUGUGUCAAGAUUAGUGAUGAACUUACAAAGAAUACUGGGGUUCCGGAAGUUGUGGCAAAGGUUAAAGAGAUGUACCAGAUAUGA